UCCUUCUGCUGCCUGAUGAUAACACUCUUACAUCUGUUCUUUACACACACACAGGUUGAGUGGACCAACUCUGGCGAGCUCCUGGCGGUGGCGGGACACCUGCCUGACGAGGGCUGCACCGUAGGGGCCGCCACCGCCAACCCCGUCAGGAAUGUGGUCAAGUUCUACACGCGCAACGGAACAGUACGGUACACCCACCACCUCCCGCUGGGUCAGCACCCCGUGACGGCGCUCACCUGGGGCCACAACGACAAGCGGGUGUUCGUGGCCACGGGCAUGCAUCUCCACAUCGGCCGCGUGUCCCGCCGCGUGGCCUCGCUGCAGCUGCUGUGCCGACUCGCCAUCAAGAGCCGCGUGGCCGAGGAGGACAAGGUGGCGCGUCUGCCCCUGCCGCGGAGACUCAAGGCGCUCGUCACAUCACUCUACACACAGACCAUAAGGUGCUACAUCCCGGACGCGCGUCAGCUCCGGGAAUUCGUGACGCGGCCGCCGUGCCCGAGCCAGCGCCUGCACUGCACCAUGAUCCGCCACGACGAGGACCUGGUGCCCACGCCCGGCGCCUGCUACACGCUCUACCUCGAGUACCUGGGCGGGCUGGUGCCUCUGCUCAAGGGGAAGAGGACAAGCAAGAUCAGGCCCGAGUUCGUCAUCUUUGACCCGCAAGUUGACGAGGUGUUCGGCAAGGAUGGCAUGGGCGGCGUAGGCGGGGUGGGCGUGGGUGUAGGUGGCAACGGGGCGGGCGGGUCGCUCCCCAACGGCCACCCCGCCCUCAGCGACACGUCGGACACGGAGUACGAGGACAUGUGCGCCUCGCCCCGCCUGCAGCGCCGCCGGAAGCUGAAGAGACGGAUCCGGGAGCGUCUGGAGAGUGAGACGGACGAGCUAGUUUACCUGGACACCCUGCCGGAGCAACACCGGCUCGUGGAAGUCACCUCCAACAUCUGGGGCACCAAGUUCAAGCUUCACGGCGUGGCCUCGUCGCUGCCGGCAAACUUGGGUCAGGUCACCUACAAGACGUCGCUCCUCCACCUGCAGCCCCGCCAGAUGACCCUCGUGAUCACGGAGCUCAGAGAGGACAUCCCGCCGCGACCCGACCCCAAUUUCAACCCCAAUGUGUUCUCCGAGGACGAGGAGGAGCUGGCUGACCGCCUCGCCUCCCGCCGGCCGCCUGACCUGACCUCCGACGUGCCGCCCAUUGCCCCCAUGACCCCUCGGCGCACCCCGUCCUCCUACUCGCGCCAGGGGCUCCACACCACACCCUGGGAGGUUGCAGCGGCGCCCCCCAGACCCAACGGCGACGAAGAGGGCGGCGGCGACGGGGGAGGGGGCGGGGGCGUGGAUUCCGAGCGUGCGGGGAUCAUGCAGGACUUGGAAGAGCAUCCCUACGUUGACCUCGCGACCCCGGAGAUGGUACAGUUAAGAGAGGGAUUACGAGCGGAGAUGCGGGGCGAGGGACAUGUGGCGCUGCACCUCCUGCCGACGCAAUCCCCACAUCCCCCUCCACAUCACCUCCCGACGCCCACCGCGCAAGACACACCGCACAUGUUCUCUGUGAUGCGCGGGUCGGCCCCAUCCAGCCCGCCCAAGCACUCCGUUAGCGCCUUCUGCUGCGACCCCUCCACGCUCCAGUCACCCAAGAACACAGUUGCCCCCACACCCAUCCUCACCCGCACCUCCCCCGCCGCCGCCCUGCUGGAAAUCCACGAAGGAGGCGGAGGAGGAGGUGGAGGAGGAGGGGGAGGUGGUGGCAUAGGGAGAACAGGGCACCAUAAGGCAGUACCCGUUCUCCCUGCCCCCCAAGCCUCCCCCAGCCCCCUCCUCCCCCCCCAGUCCAGGCCCCGUGGGGAAGAGGUGCGUCUCCUUGGGGCCGACAAUGUCCUCCUCCACCAUUUUGUCUCCUCCUCCUCUACCCCGUCCUCCUCCUCCGCCUCCUCCUCCACCUCCUCCUCCGCUUCCUCCUCCUUUUCACACCACCACCACCAUCACAACCACCAUGGCCUCCACCACCAUCACACCACCACCACUACUCCUUCCUCCUCCUCCAUCACCACCACAACCACCGCCACUACCACCGUCACCACCGCCACCACCACCUCCACCACCACCAUCAAUAACAACAUCAAUAACAAUCACUACAACAACAUCAAUAACAACCAUAACCACCAUCACCACAACAACAACAUCAACAACCAGCACCACCACCAUCACCAAGCCCACCACCAGCACACCAACAGCAGCAGCAGCACCGCCAGCAGCAGCAGCAGCAGCGGAAACAGCACCUACCGCAGCCCGACACACACACAGGGCACCACCACCACCACCAUCACCACCACCACCACGAACACCACCUGCAACAACGCUCUCACUGAAGGCGGAGGAAACAGCGGGGUCGGUAGCGGAGGCGGCGGCGGCGGUAACAGCACCAGCCUACGCAACGAGGUCAUCCGCUACAUCGACGAGGAGAGCGGGGAGAGUGACAGCCGGUCUUUCACGCCCUCGCCAGCACGCAGCAUCGGCAACACCACCAGUAACACCACUAGUAACACCACCAAAGGGCCGCAGCAACACCUCCACAGCACGGAUUCCACGCAUCACCACGCCCGCGCCCGCAGCAAGAGUGUGGGCCAUCUGCACCAUCUGGAUUGCCAGCUGCCCCAACUUCACCAGCUGCGGAACAUCGAUGCUUUCUUGGCCUUCAGGACCUCCGGCUGUCUGAUGGAGUCGCCGAAGAAGCGCCAGGUCGGGGAGAGCGAGUGGCGGCGGCCUUGCCUUGCCGACUGUGGCAAGAGCCGGAGCCUGGACUCCUCCCCCUUCAUCCUCAAACGCCGCCAGCACCACCACCACCUCCCGCACCACCACCAUCACCACCACUACCACCACUACCUGACCAAACCAAACACCACCACUACUACUGCUACCACCACUACUCCUGCCUUCACUACCACUACUACUGCUACUGCUACUCCUACUGCUACUGCUACUACUACUACUAGUACUGCUACUGCUACUGCUACUGCUACUACUACUACUACUGCUACUACUACUACUACUGCUACUUCUACUAUCAUAUCUACGGCAGCUGAUCUUCAUUCUCAAACUCGUGGCUAUUGUGAAAGGCAGCAGAAGAACCUUACGAGAACCCUGAAGGAAAGCGUCUUGGUUGAGCGCCUCGCCGCCCUCCAGAGAGAGACCCAGCAGCCUGCACCACCGCCAGCCCAGCCCCAGCCCUCCCAGGUGCAGCCCCCGCCCACGCCGCGCCACCAGCCCACGCCCGAAGCCGCCCGCCGCCUCACCACGCCCAUCCACACGCCCACCAUCGCCGCCGCCGCCGCCCACGCCAGCAAGAGUAUUCCCUCCACCCCGGUCAAGACGAGGAAAGCCAGGCGACACCAGUCCUCCUCACCCAUCAGGAAGCACCUCCUCAACUCGCCGCUGCUGUCCCGCCGUCGCCAGCGCCGCGGCACCGUGGAGAGCAGCGACGACGAGGUGCUGCACUGCUCCAGCGACGCCGAGGUGCUCUGCUCAUCAUCCAACUACAGGGACCUCGAGACCUUCCAGAAGACGCAGCUCAGGAACAAGCUGCGGCGGUCUCGUGGUCGCAGUGACGGCAGCGGCGGCAGCGGCGGCGAGAGUUCCGGCUCGUCCACGCCCCGCCACCGCCAGUACGUGAUGCACAACAAGGCGCCGCUCUGGAACGAGAACUCGCAGGUCUACCAACUCGACUUCGGCGGCCGAGUCACGCAGGAGUCCGCCAAGAACUUCCAGAUAGAGUUCAAGGGCAAGCAGGUGAUGCAGUUCGGGCGGAUUGACGGCAACGCGUACACGCUGGACUUCCAGUACCCGUUCAGCGCCGUGCAGGCCUUCGCUGUGGCGCUGGCCAACGUGACGCAGCGGCUCAAAUGAUACAGGAUGCACCCAGAGAGGCAGGCCACACAUAGUCACAGCGUGGUGGUCCUUGAAUUCUGGUAACACCGUCCCACUACUACUACUACUACUACUACAGCUACUCCCACCACUGUAACAAUUAUACCCUGGACCACCGCCCACUACUACUACCACCACCACCACCAUCACCAACACCACUACUACUACUACUAUUGCUACUACUACUAUUACUACUACUACUACUACUACUACUACCACCACCAGUACCACCACCACCAGUACCACCACCACUACCACCACCGUUACUAAGUCUACUACUACAACUGCUUACCACCACCACCACCACCACCAUCAUCACCAGCCGCUGCCGCCGCCACCGCACCUGCUGCCUGCUUAAUUAUGUUCACCUGCACUGCUUCUGCUGCUGCUACUCCUGCUGUUUAGUUGUGCCACAAGAAGAAGAAGAGGAGGAAGAAGAAGAAGAGGAAGAAGAAGAAGAAGAGGAGGAGGAAAUAAAAAGAUAAAUGUUUGGAGGAAGAAAGUGAAGAGGGAAAUAAUGUAAGGAAAAAGGAGGAAGAGGGGGAGAAGGAGGAGGAAGAAGAAGAAAAAGAAGAAGAAGAGGAGGAGGAAGACGAGAUAAAGAGACAAAUCGUUACAGGAAGAAAGUGAAGAGGAAAAAAUGAGGAAAAAAAAGAGGAAGGAGAAGAGGAAGAGGAGGAAGAAGAAGAGGAGGAGGACGAAAUAAAUCACAAGAGAGUGUAUUAGUUAAGAAAGCGUGUGUUAUUUCGUUUGUCUGUUACCUGUCUGUUUAAGCCUGUCUGUUUACCUGUCUGUUUAUACCUGUCUCAUUAAUCAAUCGUCUAAGGUGAAGGGAAGAGGAGGAGGAAGAAGAAGGAGGACGAGGAGGAGGAGUGUAGAUGUGAUGGUAAAGGACAGAAGGAAGGGAAGGAGAACGGCGAGGAAGGAAGAAGGAGAAGGAAGAAGAGGAAGAGGAAGAAGGAGGAGGAGGAAGAGGAAGAGUACAGUGAAUAUAAGGAAGGAGGAGAAGAGAAAAGAGGAGAGGGAAGAGGAAGGAAGAGGAGAAGGAGGAGAGAAAGUGUGUGAAAGACGUAAUGGAAGAAAGAAGGAGGAAGAGGAGGGAAAAAAAAGAUGAAAGGAAAUAAGAAAAAAGAAUGAAAACGAAUAUUGAGAAGGAAGAGGAGAGGAAGAAGAAGAGAAGGAGAAGAACGCAUAGAAAACUGAAUAGGAAAGCAAAGAUAAAGAAAAAGAGGAGGAGGAGGAAGAAGACGAAGAAGAGGAGGAGGAGGAGGAGGAAGCCUUGUACAGUGUGACAUAAUUGUUUGUUUACAUACAGAUCAGGUUAAGGUUAGGUUAAGGAAGGCAACAUGUACAAUACACGUCUAAUAUUUAUGAGUUUGUUUGUGUUGGAAGGGAAGAGAGAAAAGACUGAUAAAAAAGAAAAAAGGAAAAGAAGAAGAUUAGGAUGAGAAGAAGGAAAGAAAACAGACAUAGAAAAAAAUAAGUGUGGAAAAUAUAGACACAAACAUAGAUCAAGUGUCUAAUAUUUAUGAUGAGUUUGUUUGUGUUGGAAGAGAGAAGAGACAGAUAGAGAAGGAAGAAGAAAAAGAAGAAGAUUAUGAUGAAAAGAAGAAAAGAAAACAGACAUAGAAAUAAGUAAGUGUGGGAAAUAUAGACACAAACAUAGAUCAACUGUCUAAUAUUUAUGAUGAGUUUGUGUUGGAAGGGAAGAGAGAAGAGACUGAUAAAGAAGAAGGAAGAAAAGUAAGAAGAUUAGGAUGAAAAGAAGGAAAGAAAACACGAACUUAGGAAAAUAUAAGCGAGGAAAAUAUAGACACAAACAUAGAUAAUAAAUAGUAAAUAAUAGAUAGUAAAUAAGAAAGAAGAAGAAGAAAAGGAAAAUAAGAAGAAGCAAAAAGAAAUCAGACAAAAAAAAUUAUAAAAGUGCAAAAUAAAUAAAGAAAAGCAAAAAUAAAUAAACGGCAGGAAUAAGAAAGAGGAAUAUGGAGAAUAAGAAAGUUAAAAACGAGAACAAGAUAAAGAUAAUAAAUCAGAGAAAGAAAAGAAAUCACAGACAGAGAAAAAAAUUACAAAUGUACAAAAUAAAAAAUAAAAGCAGAAAUAAAUAAACUAGAAAUGCGAAAGAGGAAUAAGGGAAAAAAGAAAGUGAAAAACGAGAACAAGAUAAAGAGAAUAAGGAAGAGAAGGAAAAGAAAAGGAAAUCACAGAAAAAAAUGUGUGUAAAGUAUAAUAGACAAAUAUUGAUAAACCGAGGAAUAACAAAGACUAAGAAAGCAUAAGAAAUUGAAGUUAAGAUAAAAGAUAGAUAAAGAAAAUAAGAAAAAAGAAAGUGUUGGUUGUGUCUAAAUAGUCUCAAAUCUCUUAUCAAUAUUAUACUUAUUAUUAUUAUUACUAUUAUUAUUACAUACAUUAUUAUUAACACUACUGAAAUUAAUGAUAUAUGCGUGAGAAAAUGUCGUUGAAUGAGCGAUGUCAUUAUUAUUAUUAUUAUUAUUAUUAUUAUUAUUAUUAUUAUUAUUAUUAUUAUUAUUAUUAUUAUUAUUAUUAUUAUUGUUGUUGUUGUUGUUUUUGCGAU